UAAUUCACAACCGGUUUGGUGUCUCGAAACCCCGCCAUAUAGCCUUCGAAUUCAUUGUGUGCUCCCGGCAUGACUUUUGCCAUACUGGCCGACAGUUCGCGUCUCUUUCAAGCGCACAUUCGAGGUAUAAAGGUCUGGACCCAGCACACAACCUGGGCAUUCAAAAACUCACAAUGUUCUCUCAAGCUCUCACUGUUCGCGUUGAUAGCAUCGCUCGUCAGCUCGAGACGGUCUUCCUUUUUACAAAAAAUGAUGUCAGAACCACUCUGAUUCCUGUCACCAUAUUCGCAUUAUCUGUGGCUCCCAGAUAUGACACCACCCAUGCUUGGCAUGCUCCUUUGUGGAUAUGGUUCCACUUAUUACAGUUCAAUAUUGCAAAUCAGAUCCAGGAUCCGGAGGAGGACCGCAAGAACAAGCCCUCACGUCCAAUACCUGCUGGUCGCAUUUCUGUUGACAGCGCAGCUGAUAUGCGCUGGGUGAUGAUUCCAGUCUGCUUAUUGCUAUCGUUGUGGCACGGCACCCAGGCUCUACUAGCCAGCACCGUUUUUGCAGCGUUGACAAUCUGGUACAACGAACUUCACGGUGAUAAAAUGGGAUUGUCGAAGAAUGUACUCACAGCCAUCCUCGGUGGGUGCCUGGAGGUCGGAGCAACUGUUGCUGCCGGUCCCCAUAACUCAUGCAUCGAUAAGGCUGGUGCUUUGGCGGUCACACUUAGCUCGACAGUCUUUGCGACUACGCUUCAUGCGCAAGACUUCAAGGAUGAAGAGGGUGACCGUCUUACUGGUAGACGGACGCUGCCCACCAUCUUCCCUAAAGCUGCGCGCUUUUCAAUGAUGUUUGGUAUCCCCCUCUGGUCAUAUGGCUUGAGCUGUAUCUGGAAGCUAGAUGCGCUCUCUACCACUGCAUUUGUAGUUUACGGCGCAUUUGUGGGGAUCCGAUUCGUGAUGUACAACACGGUGGGCGCCGAUAAGCAGUCCUGCAAAUUUUAUAGCCUGUGGUACGCGCUCGCCCAUCUACUUCCAGGUUACUGGCGUUUCUUCUAUGGUGUUUGAGUAUCCGAAGCUGAAAGUCGGUUCUAAUGAUACACUAACUUAGUAGCUCAAUGUUACACAUAAUGACUUCACUUAAAAUCAUCCAUUGUAGUAUGACAAUGUAUGCUAAUCAUUUUUCCCCUAC